UAAACGUGUUCCAGAGACCGUCAUUGCUCAUGUAGUCAGAUUUUAUUCCACGUUUUCUUCUUUCAAGUCGCUUGGUCUUUUAUAGGGGGAAUACACGCUGAGACGAACUCAAGGUAAGAAGACGCGCUCUUGGACAGUGCGUGACUUUUCCGCACAAGUUUGGAGACCGGACUACGCUUUAACUUCAACCACACCGAGGCGAUUAUUAAGAGGACGUGAAGAUGAACGACACGGGCAUAUCGUGUAAAAACAACCAAACAGACAACUUGACUGACCCGUCAUGUCUGAGCCCAUCUCCCUCAUCCUACAGCCACAUCGAUAUCACCACUUUCAUGCACAUAUUCCCUUCCAUUUACGGCAUCCUGUGCGCAGUUGGAGUUAUAGCCAAUGGACUGGUCAUCUACGCGGUGGCAGCGUGCAAGAAGAAAAUGGUAUCAGACAUCUACGUGCUGAACUUGGCAAUAGCAGACAUGCUGUUCUUGCUUGUGAUGCCCUUCAACAUUCACCAGCUGGUCAGAGACAGACAGUGGGUCUUCGGAAACUUUAUGUGUAAAGCAGUUGUGGUGGUGGAUGUGAGCAACCAGUUCACCACAGUGGGAAUUGUUACUGUGUUGUGCAUUGAUCGGUACAUAGCUAUCGUCCACCCCACCUCGGAGAAGAGGACCAUCCACUGGACCAUCAUGAUCAACAUGCUUGUGUGGCUGGGCAGCUUCCUCCUCACCGUCCCGGUCAUGAUGUAUGCCAAGGUUGAGCGCCGGCAGCAUCUGGAAGUCUGCAUGAUGUACCUGGACGGGCCUGAGGACAUGUACUGGUACACUUUCUACCAGUCAAUCCUGGGCUACAUCAUCCCUCUUAUCAUCAUCAGCACCUUCUACUCGCUCACCCUCUACCACGUUUUCAGCUCCAUCCGCCGGGUGAAACGUAAGCAGUCCGUUUGGGCAAAAAGAGCCACCAAGAUGGUCCUGAUGGUAAUCGCAGUGUUCCUGAUCUGCUGGUCGCCCUACCACGUCAUUCAGGUGAUCAACCUGAGCAACAAUACACCAACUAUUGCCUUUGUCUACGCCUACCACAUCAGCAUCUGCCUAAGCUACUCCCACAGCUGCAUCAACCCGCUCAUGCUGCUCAUCUUCGCACAGAACUACCGUGAGCGUCUCUGCCGCAGAAACGUGCUGCACAGCUCCCAGCACUCGUCCAAGCUCACGGUGGUCAAAACCGACGGUUCCAGUACAACCAACGACCCCAACUACCGCUGUACUGUUGUCUAAUCAGAAAGAUGUGUCAUUUUGUAGAUACACAUGUAAAUGUUUUGCCGCUCACCUCAAAAGGCAGCAGCUUGUCAAAUGGUGUUGCCCGUGAAGUAAUAUUUCCCAACUUUUUCACAGUCGGAAAUUGAUCCCACACAAAAAACUGGGCAUAAAGCAUAAGCAGCCAUAUCAACCAUGACUGAAAGAAGUAAAACACAGGUCAUGUCAAAGGUUUUCAAAAGAAAAUGCAAAGAAAAAGAAACAGAUCUUUGGCUCAGAGGAAAGCAAGCACGCUAAAAAAGGAAAGUGAAUGUCUCUGAGCCAAAGCUAGAGGGAAUUUCAGCAAUGACUUCAAGGAUGGAAAGACAAGAAGAGACGCUGAGAAGCGACUCAGACAUGGCUCUCUUUUUCCUCUGGACAGGGACCUUUCAUUAACCUUCAUCGAUUACAGGCUACAUCCAGUGUCAUGCUGGUCAGUGACAACACUGAUGGGCAGCUUUUGAGAUGUGGCACUGGCAAACAUAAACACUUUCAAAUCUGAAAUAUUGUGAAACUCACCAGUCUUUUACUAGGAGUAUUAGCCAGCUCCCUGAGGGCUCAUGAUGAAAUUUAAUUCCACUUAAUAACUGUAAAGGUUGUUGUGACGUCGUCAGUCUAGUUAAAAUAAUUAUCGGAGCCACUUUCUAAUAAGGAACCACCUGAGGGGCUUAUAAACUGUAAUAAAUCGCUUUAUUAUGGUUAAUAAACAAUGUAAUAAUUCAUUACAGGUCAGCUAUGAGCAAUUAAUAAUAAUAAAUUAGGGCAUUUUAAAUAGUUUACAAUAUAAUUGGCAGUUGUUUAUCCUCUCUAUUUUGUAAUAAUGUUAUAAUUUUGGUAAGUAUGCAGUUGCAGUUAUAAAUGGU